CUUGAUGCCCGAUUAAAUGCGCGACCUCGUCAGAUUAUUAUUAUUAUUAUUAUUAUUAUUAUUAUUAUUAUUAUUAUUAUUAUUAAUUAAUUAAUUAAUUAAUUAAUUAAUUAUUAUCGUUGUUAUUAUUAUUCGAGCAACAGAGGUUCACCUUGUAUCCCGUUUGCGAAUUACGCGUUAAACCAGUGAUAAUUCGGCCGUUUCACCGAAGAACUGCGUCCCGGAUCGUUCGAAUAAAACCUAUUUUGUCAUAUUUUAUAAGAAUAAAGUGUCCGCGCAACGUGGACCUUUUUGUAUGUUAACGUUUGUCGCUUCGAAGAGUUAAUCGACGUUCACGUAUGGAUAAUGUAACCGAUGCCGAAUAAAAGGUAUUCGUGUCUUUUCCUAACCACGAUCGUUCCUUGACGUUUCCCCGAACCGAGUUUCGAUUCGAUCGCGGACCGUUCGGCCCCCGAUUCUCGCGAUUACUAAUUAUUCGUAAAUCGAUUUUGCAGGUAAACGACGUCGUCGCGGGAACCCUUGGCAACGCUCGUCGAUCAACGCCGACACACCUUGCUGUUCGAAUCUGUACGCAUCCGUUCGCGAGACAACCUUCCGGAACGCGCGAUUUCGUUUCGGGGAAUGGUUGCGUUACUGUCGUUGUUACGCUCGGAUUACAAGCAGCAGCAGCAUCAUCAUCAACAGCAGCAGCAGCAGCAGCAGCAACAGCAACAACACUCGCUUCAACAGCUGCAACAGGGAAUCAAGAAGAGUCGGUGUUCGAGUUCGAGCAUGAUGGCUACGGCGAGAAGCGGCGUGGUUUUGUCGAGUAGACGCGUGAGUGGCAGCAAUGCCGGAGACAACAAAGACAUUAAAAAUUACGACAGCGGAAACGACACCGGUGGUCGUAGUUCUACUCGCGAAGUCGUGUUUCCCGAUUCUUUCGAAGUUUUGCCGCAACCGCGCGAUCUGAGCGUGAUUUACAUGGGCGUGCCGCACGAGCAACAACGCAAGUUCAGGUGCCGGUUUUGCGGCAAAGGUUAUCGAUGGAAAAGCACGAUGCGCCGUCACGAGAUGGUCGAGUGCGGUGGAAAACCUCCUGCUUUUCAAUGUCCCGAGUGCCCGUACAAGGCCAGGCAGCGGGGCAAUCUGACGGUGCACUACAAGCGACAUCAUCAAAAGAUCGAAUACGACGAGGGCGCGUAAUGCGCGACACCCGUUUCCGCCGAUUCGCACGAUCGUCUUGGAAAUUUCCCCGUCUCCUUCUCUCCUUUGUCUUCUUACGCGAAACUCGCUCGUAUUCUUCUUUUCCGCUUGCCGUACGGAUCGACGUACGGGUAGCGACGAACAGCGGAAACGUUUCUUCUUGCCUCUCGUCUCUUUCGUUUACGACGCGAACCGGAAUCGGUCUUUUGUACAUAGGUAAACGAAAACGGGAAAAACGCCGAGAGCAGCGUUCGUUUUAGCAGCUCG